AUGGCCCCUAUCACCAAGACUCUCGCCCUCGCUGGCGCUUUCUUUGCUCUGACCGGUUAUUCCGCUCCUGUCGCCAAGCGCGCUGUUGUUUGGGAGACUGUUACUGAUGUCGUCUGGACCACCGUCGAUGUCACUACUACUCUCUUCCCCGGCCAGGCUCCCACCACCACUGCCACCAUUGUUCCCGUGAGCGCCGCCGCCGUCCCUACCACCGAGGCUGUUGUCGAGGAGAAGGCUGCGCCUACUACCACCACCAGCUCGACUGUUGCUCCCGCUCCCACUGAGCAGGCUGUCACCACCAGCUCGACCGUUGCUCCCGCCCCUGCCCCCGCUACUACUGAGCAGGCUGAGACCACCUCUGCGGCCCCUGCCCCUGCCACCACCCAGGAGCCCGAGACUACCACUGCCGCCCCUGCCCCUGUCGCGGAGCCCACCACCUCUUCCACCACUUCUAGCACUGUCGCCGCCAACACUCGCUCUGCUAACGUCGAGGCCACUGUCAGCACCGGUUACACCGGCGCCUGCUCCUCCGGCUCUCCUUGCGACGGUGACAUCACCUACUAUGACACUGCCACCCUCUCCACCAACCCCAGCUCUUGCGGCACCACCAACGACGGCACCACCGAGAACGUUUUGGCCCUGCCCGUCGGUAUCAUGAAGGAUGGUGACUGUGGCAAGUCCGUCACCAUCGAGUACAACGGUGUCACUGCCACCGGUACCGUUGUUGACAAGUGCAUGGGCUGCGACGACGGCUCCAUUGAUCUGUCCCGCCACCUCUUCGGUGAGCUCGCCUCCAUGGGCGCUGGCCGUGUCUCCGGUGUCAAGUGGUACAUCAACUAA